AGAAAAAUGUUGCCCAUUGCUCAUUAAUCACCAACAUUGCCACGCGUCUUCCACCAGUUUGCAUCUUUCUUCAGCAACAUCUCAAUCACAGAAUCAAUUUUUGAAUACCCGGACUCCCGCGACCCUACACUCAAAUCACAAUGGCCGGACGUCCAGAGCCCCUCCGCCUCGGCAGCAUCGCCCCCAACUUCCAGGCCGAGACCACCAACGGCCCCAUCGACUUCCACGAGUUCAUCGGCGACAACUGGGUCGUCCUCUUCUCUCACCCAGAGGACUACACUCCAGUCUGCACCACCGAGCUCGGCGCUUUCGCCAAGCUUGAGCCAGAGUUCACCAAGCGUGGUGUCAAGUUGAUUGGUCUCUCUGCAAACACCAUUGAGAGCCACGGCGGAUGGAUCAAGGACAUCAACGAGAUCUCUGGCAGCAACUUGCGCUUCCCAAUCAUUGGCGACAAGCAGAGACAGGUCGCUUUGGCAUACGACAUGAUCGACCACCAGGACGCCACCAACGUUGACGAGAAGGGCAUCGCUUUCACCAUUCGCAGCGUGUUCAUCAUUGACCCAAAGAAGACUAUCCGCCUGAUUCUGUCCUACCCAGCAUCCACUGGUCGCAACACUGCUGAGGUUCUCCGUGUUGUUGACUCGCUCCAGACUGGCGACAAGCACAAGGUCACCACCCCAAUCAACUGGGUCCCAGGUGACGAUGUCAUCGUCCACCCAAGCAUCAAGACCCCAGAGGCCGAGAAGCUCUUCCCCAAGAUCAACAUCGUCAAGCCAUACCUCCGCUUCACUCCUCUGCCAAAGGAGGAGACUUCUGCUGCUGUCUGAACCGGCCAAAUGCUUUUCAGAAGCGUGUGGGAAAGUGAGUGGGGCCGCCCGGUGACUGACACGGGAUACUAAGGAAGCUCGCUCACACACCAUGAGCUGCAGACCUGAGAAGAGCUCAGAGCCAAGGAGAGUCCGGAAUGGCAAUGGCUACAGAGCUCGAUUGAUACCCUUCAAGCGUGGAUGUGGAAGUAGAGCAUCUGCUCCAAUAAAGAGAUACGCUGAAAUGAAAGUUCAUGAAUACUUGGUACAAUUCGUGUAUUGGUGCGGAUUUCUUGACUACGAGACGCGUUCAUUGGCACUGAGCGUGUCGUUCAAUUGCGUGCGAUCUCUGCAAACAUUGUGAACGAAAUGGGCGCGUUGACGCGCAAUAGAGCAUGCGUCUGCCCGUGGAACCAGUACAUCAAUACCCGCUCCUUCGAGAGAGACAAGGCGUUUCACAACCACGGUGAUCGAGCGGCAUGCCUCCGCCGGUAAUGAGCAGAAUUCCCAUGGGGAGAUCAGCAAAACGUGAUCGAGCAUGGCCGCCGAACUUCGUGUCUGAGCAUUGCUCAUCGUCUGGACCGCUCCCUCUGAAAGAUGGAAGUCGCCCGCGUCGGCUCGGAAAUGAAGUGUGUUGUUUGAAGUAGAAACAUCUCAAGCCCAGCUAUGCUACAAAAUGAAUGGUGACGACACCACAGCAUGACCAAGUCAAGAUGCCUAGCCUGCAAUCAGCUCCAUCAACCCAAUAGCCCGGCAGAGAUCAAGAAAGGAAGAGAUUGCGGCAGUUGACCCUGCAACAUGUGGUUGUUUGCAUGUGAGAUUCGAU